GAGAAAACACACGGAUAUUAAAUUCUAUCCGUUCGAUCCUAUUGUCACAGGCUAUAUAUAACCCCCAACGUUUUUUAAAUCGAAAACUUUGGUUGUUGCAGACACUGCUCAUUGAGUUGAGAGAAGAAACGAGAGAGAAGAGGAGAGAUGGCCCGUACGAAGCAAACUGCUCGUAAGUCGACUGGAGGAAAGGCUCCUAGGAAGCAACUCGCUACCAAGGCUGCCCGUAAGUCUGCCCCGACCACCGGUGGAGUUAAGAAGCCCCACCGUUAUCGCCCUGGUACUGUUGCCCUUCGAGAAAUCCGUAAGUACCAAAAGAGUACUGAGCUCCUGAUUAGGAAGCUGCCAUUCCAGAGGCUUGUCCGUGAAAUUGCCCAGGAUUUCAAGACCGAUCUGCGUUUCCAGAGCCAUGCGGUGUUGGCUCUUCAGGAGGCGGCCGAGGCUUACCUGGUGGGUCUAUUCGAGGACACCAACCUGUGUGCGAUCCAUGCCAAGCGGGUUACCAUCAUGCCCAAGGAUAUCCAGCUGGCUAGGAGGAUCAGGGGUGAGCGUGCUUAAAGAAACAUUAUGACUCGAAUGGGGGCUUGGAUGUGGAUGUUGUGGUGGGGUGAAUUGAAUAUAUGGUUUUGGUGGUUGUUGAUGGUGGGAUUGUGUGCAUUGUUAUUUUUCUAUUAAAUUCUGUUAGGUAGCCAGCUAAUAGGUGAAGGUCUAAUAUUGAUAGAUGUAGUUGGAUAUAUAUUGGUUAUAACUGGCAAACAUUUCAUAGCGAUGCCUUUGUCUCGACAAUUUGAUAAUUUAAUGUGUUUGGUAUUUUUAUUAUU